GUCAAUUGUCAUCCCGGCAAAGCUCUAGCUUGUGAAAUUAUUUACUACAAAAUUUAAUUAAAAAGGUGUACUUUUGAGUAAAUAAACCGAAUCUAAAUUGAAUAAUACAUUAAGAUGGCCCGUCGCUAUGAUACACGUACAACUAUAUUCUCGCCCGAAGGGCGCUUAUACCAGGUGGAAUAUGCUAUGGAAGCUAUCAGUCACGCUGGUACAUCACUAGGAAUACUUGCCACCGAUGGCAUUCUUUUAGCUGCCGAAAGAAGAAACACAAAUAAACUUCUAGAUGAAGUUUUCUUCUCGGAGAAAAUUUACAAACUCAACGAUGACAUGGUCUGUUCAGUGGCUGGUAUCACUUCAGAUGCCAACGUUCUUACAAAUGAGCUGCGUUUGAUUGCACAGAGAUAUUUACUUCAGUAUGGCGAGUCUAUACCUUGUGAACAGCUUGUCUCUUGGCUCUGUGAUGUGAAACAGGCGUACACACAAUACGGAGGUAAAAGACCUUUUGGUGUGUCAAUUCUGUACAUGGGCUGGGACAAGCACUAUGGCUACCAACUCUACCAGUCGGACCCCAGCGGUAACUAUGGUGGAUGGAAAGCCACUUGCAUCGGAAACAAUAGUGCUGCUGCUGUAUCAAGUCUCAAGCAGGAGUAUAAGGAGAAUGAAACAACAUUGGCUGAGGCUCAAGCAUUAGCUAUCAAAGUAUUGAGUAAAACUUUGGACAUGACUAAACUGACACCAGAAAAAGUUGAAAUGGCAACACUCACAAGGAAGGACAACAAAACUAUCAUUCGAGUUCUGACCAGCGCUGAGGUCGAGAAGCUAAUUGCAGAUUAUGAGAAGACUGAAGCGGAAGCCGAGGCUGCUAAGAAGCAGGCACAGAAAUCAUAAUUUGUAUAUUUUCUAAGUAUUCUAUUUGGCAAAUAAAUAUUUCUUAAAGUA